AUGGUUGUAUCAAUCCGAGUUCUGGUUACCUCAGGCCCACUCUGGCAUAGUGGAUUGCCGGACCGGAUUCGGCAUUACGACCCCGAACCCCCUCGACCGGGCCAGGGGGGUACAGAGGCACGGAAAGGAGAAGGGUUGCAUGUUCGCCUCGCUCCACACGCCUCGCCUCGCCAGAAAAAAAAGUGUGGGAAUAGCACGAGGGGCAGCCCGGCCGCUGGCCAUGGCAGUGUGCAAUCGGAUGGUCCGGCUGACAGGGCAGGCUGCAGCACAGCUCCGUCCUGGGCGACUGAGGGCUGCACCGUGAAGGUCGGUGCCUGCAUCGGCAUGCGGGAUGGUAGGAAUGGGACGAUAGGAAGCCGCCGAAUCCUGCCAACGACAUGCAUCCCGCAAAAUCGCUUUGGUGUUUCAACCUACCUUCUCGGGAACUUCCUUACCAAGGCGUUCCAUAUCACAUCAAGUGCCCGGUCGGACACAGGUGUCCUACGUGGUGCCACGUGGGAGAGGGGGGAGGAGGGGGCAGUGAACACGACAGUGCUUUCUCCGCUCUCGGCCAGAUUCUCCAAGAACCGCCCCCUGGAUAGGGAAUGA